AUUUUUAAUAUUUUUUUCCCAAAAUUGUUCCGCUUCAUUGUUUCUACUAUUUUAUUAUUAUUUAUUAUUUUAUUUUUAUUUCAAAACAUUUUUUUUUUGCAUUUCGGUGUUCUAUUUGCCUUGUGGCCACUGCUAAAGUUCUAGUUUUUCGCCAAAUUUGCAUCAGUUAAAUUUUGCAUAGCUAUGAAGCUGCCAGCGAACGCGCCUUUGUCAUGCAACUUUUUGCAAAUUGUUGUUAUUGUUGUUGUUGUGUGUACACCAAUCGCCUGGGGAUGGCGCUCUUUUAAAGUCAUCUUUACCUCUUUCCCUUACACAUACAACUCCGAUGUGUUGGACGCCAAAGUACAGAUCCAGAAUAGCACCAGCGAUACAUACCUCUCAGUUGUCUUGCAAGUCAAUGAAGAUCUCGAUGAUGUGUAUCUCAAAUACGCCAUCGCUUUGGAGUUGGAGGAGGGCAACUACACCACGCUUGUCAAUCGUUCGGUGAAUUUUUGUAAAUUUCUCAAACAACAUUCAAUGGAUCCCAUACUGCGUAUCAUUUACGAAGACAUGCUCAAGCAGGGUAACUUCAUCAAGAAAUGUCCGAUUGCGAAGGGUCAAUACACGGUGCGUGAAUACCGCAUUGAUGAGGAGAUGCUGCCUAGUUAUGUGCCGGAAGCGAGCUUCUUUGCCGAAAUGAAGAUGACGAAGUCCAAUGGACAGGAGCUCUUUGAUGGCAAGCUGUAUGGGAAGAUCGAUAAGUCGAAGGGUUUCAACAAUCUGAAAAUGUUCAGUCUGGGAUAAGUGGAGCUGACUGGCUGUAGGAACGCGAGAGCGUG